AUAGGUAGCAGAAGAAAAGCACUCAUUCUCAGAGCUUUCUCUAAUAUGAAGAAAAAGUCUGAGCAUCAGAGAAAACUUAGUAUCAAGCAAAAAGAGAAUACGUUAUCUAAGUUAAUAAAGUUUCUUGAGAAGGGAUGUUAUCACCAUAGAGUUUCUGUAGAUGACCUAAAUCGGAGUCAAUUCAUUAAUAUAAUGAAAUCAAUGAGACCCAGUGACUUUGGCUUCGAAGACCAAGAAGGAACCUUAAAAAUGUCCUAUGUCCAGGCAACUGAAGCCUUCCUUGAUUUCAAGGGAGAGAAAAUGGAAAAACAUAAAUAGGGGCAAUAUCAGAAAACUAGCACUCUGGAUAUACAAUAAGCUCAAGGACGAUUUCUUCAGAUUUAAGAAUAAAAAGAGAGACAGUAUCUCGAAUACUGCCAGGAAUGAAGAUUCUCAUUCUUCUAUUCUUAAGCUUAUUAAAACAGAUAAUGUAACUCUGAAUGACUCGAGUUCUACGAAGUUUGAGUUUAAGACAGUGCAUUCAACACGUAAUUCUCCUCAGAGGAAUAAACUCCGAAGUAGUCUAAAGAACUCCAGCAUUCCUGAGAAUCUUCCAUCAGUGAAGACAGGUAGAUUCGGGAAUAAAAGACUCUCUGUGAAUGGAAUUAAGUCAACCAGGAAUAAAGACUUCAAACAAGUUGGCCUGCUUUCAAAUAGGGAUUCUAACCCAGUACCAGAAGUUUUGACGAUUCCUUCUGGGCAAAAUAAAGGGCUUGUUAAUGCGAGACUGAGACUCCACAGACGCAGAAUGUUCGAAAUGGGUGAGGAGAAAUAGAAGGAUUGAAAAGAUUAGCAAAGGAGCUCAACUUAAUAUCACUUCAGCCAGUGUCACAAUGCAUUUAGAGCACCUUUUAAAGGAGAAAUGGGAAGACAAUCCCAAAAACUACAGGCUUAAAGUGAAGAUCAAUAAAAAGGAAAGAAAGAGACUUGGAAAUCUACUGAAUCAACAAAGACUAAGUUCAUUAUAA